AUGACUAGAUACGGAGAUAUUAAUCGUGAUCCUUGUCCAUGGGUAAUAUUAAACGAUACAGGGGGUGCCUUUGCUAUGGGAGCUAUUGGUGGUGGUAUAUGGCAUUUUGUAAAAGGGGCAAAAAACUCCCCAAGGGGAGAACGCGUUAUUGGAGCAAUAACAGCAGUUAAAGCACGUUCACCGAUAUUAGGAGGAAAUUUUGCAGUAUGGGGAGGAUUGUUUUCAACGUUUGAUUGUGCAUUAAAAGGAAUAAGACAAAAAGAAGAUCCAUGGAAUUUAAUUGCCAGUGGUUUUUUAACUGGAGGUGUACUAGCAGCAAGAGGUGGUGUUGCAGUAGCAACUAGAUCUGCUAUUUUUGGUGCUUGUGCUUUAGCGUUAAUUGAAGGUGUUACUAUUGCGAUAUCUCGUUAUACAGCACCACCGCCAAUGAUUCAAGCAUAG